GCAACUGGUACAAAAGGCAGGAGAAUCCUCUGCUCCCUAUCAGCUUCACACGGAGACUGACACUUACCACUUCGCUCCCUCCGAGCCAACUCAUCGACUCCCAUGGUUAACGCCGUCAAGGUCUUCAAGAAGACUGCACCUAAUGGUAAGGUCACAGCGUACCUAAGUCGGCGUGACUUCGUCGACCACGUCAGCCACACCUCCCCUGUGGAUGGUGUGGUGGUGGUCGACAAUGACUAUCUCCGAGGCAGGAGGGUGUACGCCCGCGUGGCGGUCACCUACCGCUACGGACGAGAGGAGGAUGAGGUGAUGGGACUUCACUUCAGCAAGGAGCUCGAGCUUGUCAACACUCAGAUCGCCCCUAACGAUGGAAAAGCCGAAAUCAGUGAUGUUCAGGAACGACUCCUUAAUAAGUUGGGUUCCAACGCCUAUGCCUUCAGUGUGGCUCUGCCUGAGAGCGCUCCCUGUUCCGUCACUAUUGACAGUGGGGAUGAUUCAUCGACCCAGCCCCUUGGUGUGAUCUAUGACCUUCGGCUGUACGUGUCCGACCGCAAGGAUGAACGUCCUCACCGGCGUAAUUCCGUUUGCUUUUCCGUCCGUAAGGUUCAAUAUGCCAACCCACAGGGUUCCAACCGUCAGCCCCAAACCCUCGUGAGUAAGAGCUUCACUCUCUCUCCCGGUAAGCUGAACCUCGAGGUCUGCCUUGAGCGUGACCUCUACUUCCACGGGCAACAAGUGCCGGUUACUCUCAACAUCAACAACGCCUCCAAGAAGACGGUCAAAAGCGUGAAGGCCCAAGUGGUCCAGCACGUGGAGGUCACCAUGACCAACAGCCACUUCAGCAGAGUGGUGUCUUCUCUGGAGUCUCGCGAGGGAUGUCCCGUUACACCCGGUGCUAACCUCACCAAGACCUUCUCCCUCACCCCUCUCGCUUCUACAAACCAGAAGCGCUUUGGCAUUGCCCUCGACGGCCAGGUCAAGGAUCAGGAUGCCAAUUUGGCGUCUUCCACCGUGGUGGCGGCUGGUAAGAAUCCCAACGAUGCCUUAGGUAUCAUCGUGUCUUAUUCUCUCCGUGUGAAGCUGAACUGCGGCGCCAUUGCCGGAGAAUUAGUUGCUGACCUUCCCUUCAAGCUGAUGCACCCUGAUCCAACCCAGAAACCUUCCCUCCGCAAGAUUCAGUCCAGCGAUAUGGAUAUCGAAGAAUUCUCGCGUCUCCGACGCGGAGAGUCCGUCGCUGAUGACUAGACAUGCAGCGGAAUACUUACCUUUUCCUGAACAUUUAAUCACAAUUUCUUUAAUUUCACGUUAAGUUUUGCCUUUUUUUUCAGUUCACCUGCAUUUUUUUUUUUUUUUGUAUGUUGAAAAUCUAUCUUUAUUUAAUAAAAUUGGCUACCCCCCCA